UCCAUUCCCAUUCUACUCAAUUUGCUUUUCCAAUUUAUCAAAUUUAUUCUUGUUCUUGCCUUGCUCUAUUCCCUGCCGUGUACAUGGCGUCGGCGGCGGUAGAGGGGAAGAGCCGGGUGCUGGUGAUAGGCGGCACAGGCUACAUUGGCCGCUUCAUCGUCGCCGCAAGCGCACGCGAGGGCCACCCCACCGCCGUCCUUGUCCGCGAUCCCACGCCCGCCGACGCGGCCAAGGCAGCCGUCCUCCAGGGCUUCCGAGAUGCUGGCGUCACCCUCGUCAAGGGUGAUCUAUAUGACCAUGAGAGCCUGGUGUCAGCCAUCAAGUCCGCAGAUGUUGUGAUCUCGACCGUGGGUUCCCUACAGAUACCAGAUCAAACCCGCAUUAUCGCGGCAAUCAAGGAAGUUGGGAAUGUAAAGAGAUUCUUCCCUUCAGAGUUUGGUAAUGAUGUGGACCAUGUAAAUGCGGUUGAGCCUGCAAAGUCGAUAUUUGCUUUGAAAGCUCAUAUAAGGCGUGCCAUUGAGGCUGAAGGGAUUCCUUACACAUACGUGUCUUCCAACUUCUUUGCUGGUUAUUUCCUGCCAACCCUUGGACAGGUUGGGGUCACUGGACCACCAACUGACAAGGUUCUCAUAUUAGGUGAUGGAAAUGUAAAAGGAGUAUUUUCCGUGGAGGACGACGUGGGCACAUACACUAUUAAAGCUGUUGAUGAUCCAAGAACUCUAAACAAGACCAUGUAUCUGCGGCCGCCAAGCAACACUUUGACUCAUAACGAGCUUGUCUCACUAUGGGAGAAGAAACAUGGGAAGACAUUCGAGAGGAUCUACAUCCCGGAAGAUGAAGUCCUGAAGCAGAUUCAAGAGUCUCCGGUGCCUCUGAAUAUAGUACUAUCAAUCAGCCACUCUGCCUGGGUGAAGGGCGACCACACUAACUUUGAGAUCGAGCCAUCAUUUGGAGUUGAAGCCACUGAGCUUUACCCCGAUGUGAAAUAUGUUACCGUGGAUGAAUACCUAAACAGGUUCAUUUGAACUCCAAAUUCCUAUUGGCACCAAUAUUCAUAUGCACUGAAUAAUUAUCGGAAGUCAUGUAUCUUACUAGAAUGCCAAAUGAAUUAUGUAAUCAGAAUGUGUGAGACCUCAAUCUUUUGAGUUGUGAGGAAGAAUGCAGACCAUACUGGCAAUGCAUUGCCUUGAUCUUAGGCCUCAAGAUUGUAAACAUGUUAAUGUAAUGUUUCUAUAAUGGAUACUUAUGGUUUUAUAUGGUAAAAUCAAAAAGUUUAAGCCUUCAAAGUC